GCCCUCCUGGGCAACGGCCUCAUCAUCAGCGCCAUAGCCUGCGGCCACCACCUGCACACGCCCAUGUUCUUCUUCGUGCUCAACCUGGCCCUCAGUGACCUGGGCUCCAUCUACACCACUGUCCCCAAAGCCAUGCACAAUUCCCUCUGGGACAUCAGGAACAUCUCCUACACUGGAUGUGCUGCUCAGCUAUUUCUACUCAUCUUCUUCCUUGGAUCAGAGUAUUCCCUCCUGACCAUCAUGUGCUACGACCGCUAUGUCCUCAGGGAAUUUGGGCUCCUUGUGUUUUCCGUCUCUUUACUAUUUGGAUGUUUUGUGUUCAUUGUUUUCUCCUAUGUGCAGAUCUUCAGGGCUGUGCUGAGGAUCCCCUCUAAGCAGGGACAGCACAAAGCCUUCUCCACCUGCCUUCCUCACCUGGCUGCGGUCUCCUUGUUCCUCAGCACUGUCAUGCUUGCCUACCUGAAGCCCCCCUCUAUGUCCUCCCCAUCCCUGGAUCUGGCCCUGUCAGUUCUGUACUCGGUGGUGCCCCCAGCCCUGAACCCCCUCAUCUACAGCCUGAGGAACCAGGAGCUCAAGGCUGCAGUAUGGAGACUGAUGACUGGAUGA